AUGAGGUUUUUCCUCCACUCAAAGAAGGGAAUUGUAAACCUACUAGGAAGUUUGAAAGCAAAACCCUCCAAAACCAUCUUACUCCCCAAUUUGCUACCAACGAAGUCCAAUCGCAAACCAUGGCCGCUGGUGGUGGUGAAGAAAAGGAAAAACAACGAGGAAUGGGCAAUCAAGAAAAAGCUGCAGUUACAGGAACGGGCCAAACGCCGUAGACCCGACAGCUCUUUCAUGAUGAAGCCCGAGCAAUUUAUUCGCGAGUAUCGAGACAAGAUGAAGAGUAGGGUCAUUCGAAAAAGAUGGGCAUCGGCCAUGGCACAAUCUAAGCUUCUAUUUGUCAUACGCAUUGGGGGUCAGCUGAAAUUUCACAUAUUAUUCUGCUGCAGAAUAUUGCGAUUUGAUGAUCUUGUGAGCUAUCCCAAUUUCAAGAGUGUGAAGGACUUGAUUUACAAGAAAGGUGUUAUCAAAGAUGGGAAGGAGAGGGUUCCUUUAACUGACAAUAACAUUGUUGAGCAGAAACUAGUCCAGCAUGACAUAAUAUGCAUAGAAGACAUUGUAAAAGAGUUGGUGACAAAUUUUUUAUGCCCCUUUAUGCUGAACAAUCCUGAAAAAGCCUUGCACAGUAAGAAGAAACGGUUUGAAGAUGGAGGGGAUUCGGGGGAUCGUGUGGAUCAUAUAAAUGAAUUGCUCAGCAAGAUGAAUUAG